AUGGAUCCCUUCACAGCCCAAGGAUCAGGUUCAGUACUCCUCUACAAGGUUCCUAUGGAAGUCUUGCACAGGAUACUCUCUCACUUGAUCAAACCAUGGGGCUCGCCUGAAAACCUCAACAUUCUUCUCAUCUCGAAGCAUAUGUACGAUGUCGCUCUUCCUCUCACCGUGAAGAUAUUCGAGAACCCUCUUGGCCUCGAGUAUGACGACUCCGAACCAGAGGUUCAAGUGGCAAGAUACCAAAGACGUAACGCCCGACUUCUACGCUACGUGCUAAUCAAAAAGCCCGAACUUGCGCAGCAUGUUCAGCACAUUGAUAUGAAAGCAUUGCGAGUUGAGGAAUUGACUCCGACUUCAUUUGGCGAGCACAGCGAGGCCGACUUGACAUUUUACGCGAACUACUUGGUGCAUAAGCUAAAGCUGGUCAUUCCAUAUGUUUCGGCAGCUGAAUGGAUCGAUAGUCUUGGAAAAGGCUGUAGCGACGCCCAUUUUGCGUUUAUGGCCGCUUCCCUCACCGAAGUUUGCACGGUAGCCUACGAUACCGCCAGCAAUGACCGAGACGCUGAUGCACAGCGAGCUCGCGAGAUAUCUGAAACCCAGGCCUUCGCGCGUGACUUUCACACCCCUUUGCUCCCUCUAUUCUACGUUGGCUUUUGGAACAAUGGAAAUUCACCUCGCGAUCUAUGGCACUUUAGACCCGACAGUGUCUGGCAUGCAAUGUUCGCGCGUACCGAACUUCGGUCUAUCGUGAAGAACCGCAUAAUAGGAGGUACUUCGAUGGCACGGAGAUUUGAAAGGUUACCGCCAAGAGCUUCGCCCGUCGAGAAGAUCAGCCUGUCCCAUUCAUGUAUCUCCAACGAUAUGCUGCAAGCCUUGCUGAACGCGUGCAGGGCUGUUAAAGAAUUCACGUUCGAGUCGGACGGGCGUAUCCCAGGCGAGGACGACAUCACCCCAGAGGUUUGUCCGAGAGAUUUUAUCCAAGCCAUGUUGCCUCACGCAGGCACUCUGAAAUACCUCUGUGCCACUUUCGUUCGCCACCAAGAUUUGGACAUGGACGACAUCAAGGCCGGAAAGUCCUUUUUUGGCCGACAGCUUGCCGAGAUGACGGCGCUCACCAAACUUGUUGCGGACAUGGAAUCAGUCACCGGCGUAAGCCUGAGGAAUCUGAAGAAUUGGUCCAAGGUGGUGAAUCCUCCCAAUGGACUGCCCGAGCUGGAUGAUAUCCCAAGUCUGGCGGAAUGCCUUCCAGCGUCCCUCGAGUACCUCGAACUCCGCAACUGCACUCUGAUGGUUGGAGACCUCAUGCAGGAGUUUGUGCAGAAUAUUGGCCCCGGCAAACAGUGUGAGAAGCUGAACCAUCUUCGUUUGCUCUUCAACUUUUACGAUUUGGGAGACAAGGACCAUCUUGAGUUGUGGAUGAGUGUCAGCCUCCCUUUGAAAUUGGACAUUGCGUACAUCCUGCCUGCGAGCUAG